UGGAUUGAAUUGCGUAAAGACGACGAUGAAUUUCAUUGUCCUGUGGAGCAAUGUGGAAUCAAAUUCUCCGAAAUACAUGUGAAGAAGAUAAUUGGUGGUCCAAUUUUCAAAAAGAUUAGUCUAAUUGAGACUGCUCAUUGCCCUAUCUGCUGCGAGCCCAUCCAAAAGCCGGUUGCUACCCCUGAGUCAUGUAAUCAUAGUUUUUGCUACGCAUGUCUAAAAGAGUGGUCCAAAGUCUAUGCUCCAGAAAUAAAGCAAAUUGUGCAGGAAGUGUCAGAACAUUCUGAUGGAGACAAUACAUCGUGUGAAAUAUGCCAUCAAUCUUCUGAUGAAGCGCACUUGCUCCUCUGUGAUCAUUGUGAUCGUGGAUAUCACACAUAUUGCCUUCCAACUCCCCUCAGAACUAUUCCGGAAGGUGAUUGGUAUUGCCCGGAUUGCAUACGACUUGGAGUGGUUCAGCCCUCACAGCUUCAUGUGCAGUUUAGACCUAGGCAAAGAAGAGCACAUUUUGAGGAUAGAGAGGCAUUGGAAGACUUAACACCCUUUAGCGAUAAUGAUUUAGAUAGCUCCGGUGAGAUACAUUAUACUAGACGAUUGACCACUCGACAACAAAUGGUUUUACAAAAUCGUGCAGAAUCAACACAUCGUGGUAGUGCCUUGUUGCAGGAUGUUAUCAAUCGUUUAAUGGACCGAACCAUAAGUGCGAUCAAUCAUAGAGCUAAUCGUCGCUCUAGGCAACGCUCAUUAGUUCAAAGGCAACUAAAUGCUGAAAAUACACAUCCAGUCGAAAGUGUACAAACGAGGCUUCGUGAUGGUUCGACGAGUGUCGAAGUGGAGGUGAUUUGA